AUGGGUAUAUCUCACCUUAUCUUUCUCCUAUCAACGUUAUUACUGGCAGUAUCAGCUACGGAACGUCAAUGUGUAGAUGAGCAUAAUCGUAAGUUCGAUCAUGAUCGUGAAUGGCGUUCAAUGGACGGGAAUUUUGUCAAAAAAUGCGAAGUUUUUGCUCAUGGAUGGCAAAUUAAAGUGGUAAGCCUAAAAUUUAAAAAAUCGGUACCAGUGAUACCAUAAAGUGUACCAAACAUUUUUUUUCAAAAUGUCAAAAAAAAUAAUUUUAAACUGUUUUUUUAAAAUAUUAUAAUUUUUAGUACCAAUAGAACCACUAGUACCAAAAAGUGUACCAAACACUAAACUUUUAAAAACUCGUGAAAUGACAUUUUAAUAACACUUAAUAACUUACAUGCCAUUUCCAGGUCAGCUGUGCCAGUAAAUCCAACAAACGUAUAUCAAUUGGUUCCAAACUGAUCGAAGGUCCCAUGAUCUGGUACUGUGACAAAUCCUCAAACGGUGGAGUAUCUCUUCGUGCUGAACCAAAUCCUGAUGCCGAGUGUAACGGUGGCCACUUACCCGGCUCCAGAUGGGUUGAUGGAGCAUUUGAACGGGAAUGUCAAGCUGGUGCUCAUGCCAAGAUUGUCGGUUGUGUAUCACAAAGUGGUGCUCGAAUUGAGCUGGGUGGAUCGGUGGAAGAGCAGGGUGAUAUUGUGUUAUGUGAGAAGCGGCCGGAUGGAAGUAUUAGCAUGAGGAAUGAAAGGAAUCCUAAUGCUUAUUGUGGUGAACAUGGUCCUGGUAAGGGAGUUUUGGGGCUAAUCAGUACCAGUAACACCAUUUUUUUUUCUCCCUUUGCAGGAAAUGGCAAUAACUUUUACAGAAAAUGGCAAGAAACUUCGUUACAAAACAAAAAAUGACAAGAACUUUCUUUACAAAACAAAAAACGGCAAGAACUUUCUUUACAAAGCAAAAAAAUGACAACAACUUUCUUUACAAAACAAAAAACGGCAAGAACUUUCUUUACAAAGCAAAAAAAUGACAACAACUUUCUUUACAAAACAAAAAAUUGCAAGAACUUUCUUUACAAAACAAAAAAUGGCAAUAACUUUUACAGAAAAUGGCAAGAAACUUCGUUACAAAACAAAAAAUGACAAGAACUUUCUUUACAAAACAAAAAAUGACAAGAACUUUCUUUACAAAACAAAAAACGGCAAGAACUUUCUUUACAAAGCAAAAAAAUGACAACAACUUUCUUUACAAAACAAAAAAUGGCAAGAACUUUCUUUACAAACCAAAAAACGGUUGGCCUAAACCUAAACCUAAGCCUAUGCUUAAACUUAAUCCUAAGCUUACGCCAAAGCCUGAGCCAAACCCUGAACCAAAGUCUAAGCCUAAGGCCAAACCAACAGCAAACUUUAAACCUAAGCCUAAUUGUAUUCAUCCUACCCUACCUUACCACCAACAAUCAUUUCAGACUCCGAAUGGGUAGAAGAAUCCUUUGUAAUGCGAUGUGAAGCCGGUGGUCGCUCCGAAAUCGUCGGUUGUCAACUCCCAACCGGCGAACGGAUCGAACUCAACGACAAACUCCACUACAAAGGCUACAUCAUCCACUGUCAGCAGUUCGAAAACGGUACUCAUCGCAUCUUCUCGGAACCGGACCCGACUGCCGAAUGUGAUGGAGAACAUCCGGCCGGCUCCAGAUGGAUCGAAAACGCGUUCGAAAAGGAGUGUCUGCCUGGUGCAUUGACCAAAACGACCGGUUGUGUGCUGGACGAUGGGCAGAGGAUACCGUUGGGCGGUAAGACAGAGUUUGGCAAAUUCUUGGCAUUCUGCAACAACAACAACAAUGGCACGGUGUCUUUGACAUUGGAUGUGAACCCUGAUGCUCCAUGUGGAGAGCAUUUGCCUGGUGAGAAAUUUUUUUAAAUAUUGAGUUUUGGACACUUUAAGUAUUAUUAGUACCAGUGGUACCAAAAAGUGUACUAGUGGUACCAGUAGCACCAAAAAAUGUUUCAAAAUUUAUUUUUAAAAUGUCUAGAUUUUUAAAACAUGUUAAAAGGGGCUUUUGGACCAAAAUAAAAAUUUUGGUACCAUUAUUACCAGUAGUACCAAAAAAUGUACCAAAAACAAAAAUUUUCAAAACUUUAUAAAAACAAGUUUUAACCCAUUUUAAACUUAUAAUCGACCUUUAUAGCGCCUUUUUGAUGCCCUGAGAGAACAUAAAACAGUAAAAAAGAGCCAAAGGUACCACUAACACCGCUAACUUCCUUACUUUCAGGCUCCCGCUGGGUAGAGCGAUCCUUUGAAAAAGAAUGCAAACUCGGAGGUAAUACUGAGAUUGUCAGUUGUGUCACCUCGACUCGUCAACGUGUCCCACUAAACGGCCAUAUUCUAAUCGACGGCCAAAAGGUUCACUGCGAAAAGCUCCAAGAUGGUACCAUUUGGUUCCACGGCGAACCCGACCCGAAUGCACCGUGUCAAGGAGGUCAUGAGGCUGGUACCAGAUGGAUCGAUAAAGGCUUUGAACUAGAAUGCGCCCCAGGUGGUCGCACCAAAGUGGCUGGAUGUAUUAGCCCUCAGGGCAAUUAUAUUGCAGUUGGUGCUGAAGAGAGGUACAACCAAUAUGUGUAUGCGUGUGAAGAACAGGUGGACGGAAGUGUUAGGUUUAGAUCGAAGCCUAUUGUACCUUUCGCUGGGCCUAGAAAGCGGGCUUAG